AUGGCGACUACACCAUUGAGUAUUUUGAUAUUUGGGGCCACCGGCAAUAUUGGCCAGUUCAUCACCAAUAACAUCGUCCAAGCCAAACCCAACGGUGCCAAAAUCACCAUCUUCACUUCUGCAAACACGGCCACUGCCAAGUCGGCUCUUCUUCAAGGCUGGAAAGAAUCCGGCGUAUCCGUGAUAGUAGGAGAUAUCACAAACACUUCUGACAUCAAGAAUGCCUACCAUGGCAUCGACACCGUCGUCAGCUGCGUCGGACGUGCAGUUCUUGACCAACAACAGGAGCUAAUUAGGCUGGCGGAGGAGUCUGAUACUGUCCAGUGGUUCUUCCCAUCCGAGUAUGGUACAGAUAUUGAGCAUAAUGCCAAAAGUCCAACGGAGAAGCCGCAUCAAAAGAAGUUGGCCAUCCGCAAAUACAUCCGGGAGCAGACAAAGCGGCUGAAGGUGACGUACGUGGUGGUUGGUCCGUACUUUGAGAUGUGGGUGGACGGCGGCAACUUGGGCGACCAGAUCGGCGGCUUCAAUGUCAAGACGGGUGAGGCUGCUGUAGUUGACGAUGGUGAAGGCAAGAUUGCGUUUACAACCAUGAAUGACACUGGAAAGGCGGUGGUGGCAGCUCUUCGUCACCCAGAGGCCUCGUACAACAAGGCGUUGAAGAUAGCAUCGUUUGUCGUAACCCCCAAUCAAGUUCUGGCGGAAUUGGAAAAGCAGCUUGGGAAGAAGUUUGAAGUAAAGUCUAUACCUCUCCAGAAUCUGGAGAAGUCAGAGGCCGAGCUGUGGCAAUCAGGGAACCCGAUUGCUACAAUCGCUACACUGCGCAGAAUAUGGGCUACUGGAGGCACGUUGUACGAGAAGUGGGAUAAUGCAACUCUGGGACUAGGUGAGACAAACAUGGAUUCUCUACAAGUAGCCGUCAAGGCGUAUCUUGAGACAAGCGGUUAUGCCCGCGAUGCCAAAGACAAGAAGCUAUAG